CUGAGGGCAGAUUUUACUUUCCAAACCGAAUAUUGCAUGAAAAAUUGAAAGCAAGCAAAACCAGUGGUAUCUCAAGAGUGUAUAAUGGAAGUGAUCAAUUUUAAUAGUGAAGAUAGAUAUCGACUCAUGCAGCUAUCUCACUGCAUUGGAAUGUGAUCAACCAGCAAAUGAUGGGUGCAUUAUUCACUAUCUGGAGGAGUUGCCUUGAGGAAGGGGAGUAAUCUGGAGUCUCACACGGCAUGGAUCUCAAUUGUUCCUUAAAGUGAAGACUAGAUUCAUUGGUGAUUUUACAAUGGAUGGAAGAGCAGACUCGUUGGUGAUGACUGUGCAUCUUCUUGCCACCUCUGGACAUUCAUUACUUUUGCAGCAAACUCUUGAUCGGCUUCUGGGGUGGAUCUGUCUGGAUGUUCGCCUCUUCCUUGUAUCCGAACGUGUUACUCCAAUGAAGUAUUAUGAGAAAUAUCACCGGAAAAGCUCUGGAUUUCCUGGGAUGUCCAUUCUCCUUUUCCUGCAUGAGGACUUUGGGGAAGAACGGAUUUUUCAGGUCCAUGAUUUUUUCCAGCACCCUCCAUGGCAGGAUCACCACAUGCAACAUGCUAAUGGGAAACUGUACCCUUAUGCACCCGCUGGCCAGGAAUUUUAUUGUCUGGAUGAGCAUAUGCCUGUAUGGGGUGUACGACAAGUUCAUUAUGGCACUGAAAUUCUGCGUGUGACUCUCUACUGUAGCUUUGAUAACUAUGAUGAUGCAGUCAGACUUUACGAGAUGAUCCUACAGAAAGAAGCAACUAUGCAGAAGAGUAACUUUUGUGUCUUUGUGCUAUAUGCAACACAAACUGUUGCUGUUCAGCUCUGCUUGAAGCAGCUGCCCCCUGGGGUCUCUGUUGAACUGAAAGAAUCUUCUGUGUUGCAAUUCAAGGUGCACGAAAUUGGGCAGCUGGUACCUCUUCUGCCUAAUCCAUGUGUUCCUAUCAGUAGCACCCGAUGGCAAACUCAGGACUACGAAGGAAACAAAAUCUUGCUUCAGGUUCAAGGCAACUCAAAACACAAUGAAAAAAAUGACGGGCUUUCCAAUCAGCACAAUAAUGCAGGUGAAGAAAAGAUCCUACAGAAUUCCACACUAGCCCCCUUUCCCACAAAGUGGGUUAAUGCAGAGCAGAAAAGCCGGAAGAUCAGAAUGAUGAAGUGUAAAAUCAAAUCAGAACACAGAAUUAUUUCUGGGAGCGUUAGCAGCACCCCACAGAGUAACUCCUGUUCUUCAUCCCAGGCCAGCAGCCCAGCAGCUACUUCACAGUCUGAUACCACCUCUUUCAAUGCAAGUGCAGGAACUAAACUGAACAUCUCCAGCCAAGAAAUCCAUUUUCAAAGGCAAGAAGCAGAGACCAAUGUUGACACAGGAUUCACGGUAGUAAAUUCUGAAUGCAACCCAUCUCCACUUAGCAGGUUUUCAAGGGACUUGCAGGACAGCCUUCCUCAGCUACAAGCACCAAACUAUUCAUUAGCUGCUGCUGGCUCCAGAAUCAACUUGCCUUCUGAGGAUAGUAUCCAUCUGUCAUUAUCUGCUGUCAAAAGAAAUAAAGGAGCAGGGCAGACAGCUUCAAACUUUCACUUAAGAAUAUCAAGAGCAAACCAUGGAAAUGGAAAUGAAGAGGAGGAGGAAUUCUUUAUUUGACUUGAAACAAAUGUGCCUGACUGACUUUAAAACUGAUAGAUAAAUGCUUUAUUCUGGAAACAGAGAGAAAGCAAUCUGCAUGCUGUUUAACUCUGUGUUUAUACAGACACCAAGAUGCCUAGGCUACCUGUUCUGUUAUGAAAAAAGACUUCAAUGGGGUUUUAUUGCAAUAGAGUCACUUUAUGUACAAAAAUGCUAAUGGAUGGAGGGCAAAACCACAAAAAAUAAUAAUGUGCAGUUACACAGUGAGUUUGAUUCUUUUAAAUACAGAACACCCAACAGCGUAAUUGUGCAUUGAAUGGGAAUAAGCCAUGUGAGUCCUAUUACUGUUUGUAAAUGUUAACCAGUAGCCUGUGACACAUUCUGUCUUGUGUAGUUGCAUUAGAGGGCUUUGGCAGUGGGAUGCUAAAAAUAGCAAUGUGAACAUGGGAGGCACUACGUGAGUGUGUAGAAAGUUGU